AUGAUGAAGGCUGCCGUAUUUCUGGCCGUCUUGGUCCUUCUGGCCAGCUGCGAGGCUGCCAGGCCAACCCCAGAGGGCCGCGUGCUGCUCGGCACCGACUUCUUCCCCGGCAAGGGCAGCACCGAGCCCUACCCGCCUGCCGCCGUCAUCUCCUUUGGCGGCGGCGGCGUCAGCGGCGGGAGCGUCCUGGUCUUGAAGGGGGGGACCGGCAAGGCCCCCCAGGUCGCCGUGCAGGGGCGCACCUUCACGCAGCCCAUGCUGUCGGUCACCAAGGCCCCCACAACCACCCUGGACGUCGCGUCCGUCGCCGGUCCAGUCGACAAGGUCGGCGGGCGCUGA